ACGAUAGACCGUGGUGAAUUUCUUAUUCACCACAACCACCACUACAGAUUACAUCUUGAGCUUUUUUCUCGUUACGUACGGUAGCGCCCUCAAGCGGUGAAUCUUUCGUAAGCACGGCAAGACACGAGCGAAAAGAAAAACAAAAAAAAAAAUAAAAAAUGCAGGCGAAAUUUCGCCCACCCAUAGGCGAAAACCAUUUUUCCUCCCCUAAAACGUCAAAACGGCGCUCGGUAGUUGUGUGCGUGUGUUCCGUGUGUGUAGAAGCAAAAUCAUUCCGCUAGCGGAUUGUAAUGUUUAGAGUGUAAAAAUUGUGCGAAAAAUAGGGAAAUCAGUGUCGUACGAAUGUAAUUCCGCGUGUAACAAUCGUGUGUGUGUGUGUCGAAAGUAUUGCGACGUCAUCAGUAUCGCAGGUGUAAACAAAUUUUACACCCCUAAUCAUCACCACCAGCAGAAGCAGCAGCAGCAGUAGGACGAAGGGUUUUUUUUGUUGUUGCUGUAUUGAAUGGAAUGGUGGGUUAACGAUUGCGUCUCAGGCAAAGAACCACUGCACCAUUCCGAUCAACCGACUGGUGCCUCCAAUCUAUCCCCAGCCCAUCAAUCGAUUCUUCAAUCAACCGAGCACGGUUUGGCAGUAUGUGUGUACGAGACGGCACGAUGAACCGGAACAGCUGUAGCAGCAAGAUGUUGACCGAAUUCCUCCCUCCGAGAGGCAACCCCCGAAGGCAAUAAGAGCAAGCGAGAGAGAGAUUGAGUGAGAGAGCGAGAACGAUGGCGAGCUGCGAACGGGAGGGACGGGCUGACGAACCGGAACCGGGCAGCUCAAGACCGCCCAGGAAGGAACCGGACACGGAAGUGGACCUCGACGCGGAACAGGACGGGUUAGCGAUCGGAGGCGGUGGUCAAAGCACGAACGGACCGAGCGAAUCCGAUGGUGAAGAUGAGGAUGAGGAGGAGGAGGAGGACGAAGAAGAGGAAGAGGAACCGCCUGAAUUGCGGGGUGCCGCACAGCAAGACUGUCCGCCAACACCGUACGAAGAGUGUUUGGAUUUAAAAAUGUUCGAAAUACGCACCGAACCGCAACCGGAAGCCGCCAACCGGGAACCGUCCGAAGACGGGGAAGAAGCACAGCAACACCAGGAGCAGGAAGAAGUAGCUGAUUUUGCAGAUGGAAAUCGUAAUAAUGCUGGUGAACCUAUCGCCGCCGAACCCGGUCUAACGCCAUCAACGUCCGGUGUGCGACGGAAAAGUGAACAACCGCUAGAUAUCAAUUCCGAUCCAGAUACAACCAGUAUCGAAUCCAGGGCACCGGAAACGGAUCCCGAACCGAACCCGAACGGUACGAAGAAAAAGGUUCGCCCGAAUCGGUUAUCCCCGGACGGGGUGGGAUGUUCCCGCAAGAAGCAGUUCUGGAUCGAGGGAAGCUCCGGGCACCGGCCGCUGGAACGUUCUUGGCCUCCGAAAAGCGCUAAAGCGCAUCGUUCGUCGGCGAACCGUUCGUACCCGGCGACGGUGCCGGUUGCUGGCGACGGAUUUUCGUUUGACAUUAUCGAUAUGGACGAGCAGGAGCAGCAAGCGCUAGAGGUGGAGGGUGCGGUGGGAGGAUUGAUCGGUCAGGGGGUGCCGGAUGUGGAAGGCAAUAAUUCGGCUGGGGAUGCGUCGACACCACUGCGCAGGAUGCGACUGGAUCGGAAUGGUAACGAUACGACCGAUUCGAUUGGUACGCGAGGCGGUGGACAGAUCGCGGGCAAGAUUCCGCUGCGAAAGGUUACGCGAACUGUGGGUGAGGAAGGCGGUUCGGUGGAGGGAGACAUGACGGCGAGGACGGUGCGGCCACAUCGUCCGCUCGCCAGGACACCGUCGAGCGGGCGUGAACCGAGAAGCCGUGAGUAUGGUCCGGUACGGCCACUGCCGGCGGAUUACACGACGGAGGUGGCUGCACCGUCGGUACACACGGCUCGCAGUCCGGCCAGUGGUCCCGGUAGUCCGAUGCGGGAAAUAUCACCCGAACCGGCAAGACCACAGCCGAGACCGCUAACGCGUGUCGGUGGAAGAAUGGGGUCGGAUUUAGUUUGUCCACCAACACCAACACAUCACGCCCGAAGGAAUCGAAUGGCCGGAGCGGUUAUGUCGACGGGUGCCUCUUCGGUGGCUUCAUACGAACAUGGCUACGGAGCACAGGAUGCACGAUUCGAACGUCCACCAAUGGUGGAACCGGAUCCGGAAGCAGUCGUCCCGGAUGAAGGCGCUGCUGCCGGAUCGGAUCAUACCGGUGUGGAAGGUGCGGUCCGGCACGUUCCUAGUAUGCGGCUGCCUUCGAUCCCCGAGCGUACCCGGGCGAUUCUUGCCGAACCGGAUGAACCACUGCCACCAGCGUGGGAGGCGCGUAUGGAUAGCCAUGGACGGAUCUUCUACAUUGACCACGCAACCCGCACCACCUCCUGGCAGCGUCCCGGACCACUCGGUACAUCCGCCGUCCUGGCGCACGGUCCGGACGCGCACCGGCAGCAGCUCGAUCGACGCUAUCAAUCGAUUCGCCGCACAAUCUACGAACAUAUGCGACAGGAGAAUGGACCAUCAACGUCCACGGGCAACGCAACGAUUGCCACCCGGUCGCGUUCGAGCUCGACCGGUGGUGGUGGUAACCGUUCUGCUUCCACCACCGGCAGUCCCUUCCAUCCGGCCCUGCUCAUGAUCUGUCGGUCCGAUUUUUACUCGAUGCUUCACACGAACGGUGAAGCGAUCCAGCUGUACAACAGGAACGCCGCCCUCAAGCACAUGGUGUCCCGGGUAAGGCGUGAUCCGGGUUGCUUCGGCCGGUAUCAGCACAACCGCGAUCUGGUUGCGCUGGUCAACUGUUUCGCGCUCAACGCGCAAGAUCUGCCGUCCGGUUGGGAAACGAAGCUCGAUCAAAGUGGGAAGCAAUUUUUCAUCGAUCACGUUAACCGGCGUACCUCGUUCAUGGAUCCAAGGCUACCAACGGAGGGUCCCCGGGGUCGCCAUCAUCGUCCACCGGUUGGUGGUGGUGGUGGUGGUGGUGCGCUUCUGCUUCCCGUCGCUAGUCCCUACCCCGACGAACGGCCCAUUCCACCGCCCCGACCACCGGGCACAAUCUCCCGGCUGGCGCACGUUGGAUCACCGGAAAUUCCCGUGGCAUACAACGACAAGGUGGUUGCGUUUCUGCGUCAACCAAACAUACUGGAGAUUCUGCGUGAACGACACGGUGCGGCCGCCUGUUCGCGCAAUUUGCGGGAAAAAAUCAACUCCAUCCGAGUCGAGGGUACGACGGCACUCGAUCGAUACAGCCACGAUUUGGAGCUUACGAUUCUGUUGAGCCUGUUCGAGGACGAGGUGAUGAACUAUGUUCCGCCGCGUGCACGCAGCCCCCCGGAGCAGGGCACGUCAGCUGGAUUCAAUGUGCACGGUGGGGGCGUCGGCGGCAACACGAUGAAGCCGGGCGGACGCCAUGUACAGCGGGCUCCGAUGCGACGCGAUUUCGAGGCCAAGCUGCGCAACUUCUACCGGAAGCUCGAGUCAAAAGGCUACGGUCAGGGUCCGCACAAGCUGAGGCUUGAAGUACGCCGAGCGCAUCUGGUGGAGGAUGCCUACGAGCGCAUCAUGGCGGCAAGUCGCCGAGAUCUGCAACGCUGCCGGCUAAACAUCGUGUGGGACACGGAGGACGGGUUGGAUUAUGGUGGACCAUCGCGCGAGUUCUUCUACCUGCUGUCGCGCCAACUGUUCAGCCCGUACCGUAACAUGUUCGAGUACUCGGCGAACGAUAUCUACACCGUGCAGAUCGCACCGGAACGUCCUUCCGAUCGGGAAGAUAUAUUGGAGUGGUAUCGUUUUGCUGGUCGCGUACUGGGACUUGCUCUGGUUCAUCAGUAUCUGCUCGAUGCGUUCUUUACCCGUCCGUUCUACAAGGCACUGUUACGACUGCCCGUUUCCUUAAGCGAUCUCGAGUCCCUGGACAAUUCCUUCCACCAGUCGCUGCUGUGGAUCAGGGACAACAACAUGGACAACUGUGGUGAGCUCGGUCUUAACUUUACCGUCACCGAGGAACGUUCCGAUGGUACGUCGAUCGACAUUGAGCUGAAGCCGAACGGCCGAAACAUUACGGUGUCGGAACGGAACAAGCGUGACUAUCUGGAUCGCAUCAUCAAAUGGCGCCUGGAGCGUGGCGUACUCGAGCAGACGGAGUGGCUGGUGCGGGGGUUCAACGAGGUUGUCGACCACCGGCUGGUGUCGGUGUUUGAUGCGAGCGAACUGGAGCUCGUCAUUUCCGGCACGGUCGAGAUCGAUGUGCUGGACUGGCGCGCUAACACGGAGUACCGCGGUGGGUACCACGAUACGCACCAUGUCAUCAUGUGGUUCUGGGUGGUGAUCGAUCGGAUGAGCAACGAGCAGCGGCUGCGGCUGCUGCAGUUCGUCACCGGUACGUCCAGCAUCCCGCACGAUGGCUUUGCCGGGUUGCGCGGUUCGAACGGGUUGCGACGGUUCUGCAUCGAGAAGUGGGGCAGUGCCGAUGCGCUGCCCCGUUCGCACACGUGCUUCAACCGGCUGGAGCUGCCCCCAUACCCGACGCCGGACGUGCUGUACGAAAAGUUAGUGCUGGCGGUUGAGGAAACGAACACGUUCGGAAUUGAAUAGGAGAAAGCGAACGAUUGGGUGACCACAGACACUGAUGGUUUUUUUUUUGUUGUCGUUGUUCUUUUACCGCGAAAAUAUUUAUAUGUAUUUAUUUUAUUUAUCUCAACUGUCACACAUACUACAAACCAACACACACACAUUUUUAACGUUUGCUGAAUUAAGGAUUUUAGCUUGAGACACAUACUGAGGAACUCUUGCUUAAUUAUUUGUCAGCAAAUCGUACUAACCUUUCCUUCCAAGACAGAUAUCGAACAGUAUAAUCAAACAAAACGUAUUCAACUGUACACAUAAAUCGUACGUGUAUGUGAACUUGUUUCCAUAGUAGAAGUAAAUCAAAACCUUAAAAUUGUUUAAGUGAAGCGAUUAAGGUUUAUAAGUUUGCAAACCAGUUUAAACAUAGUACGGGGGCAUCAAUUAAUUCCAACACGCCAGUUAGUUCUUUGCAAAUGUGCCAUCGGGUAUAUCUGAUUAUAGUGGGAAAACAUCGUCCGUGGGGCGAGUGUGGGAUGGGCGAACCAUGGCGACUGUUGCUGCAGAUGCAUUCGAAAACCCCGGUUGCUGGAAGCAAUCGCUUCACUAUCGGGAAAAGCACAAGACAAAGGAAGACCCAUUACAACACUGCACCCACUAAUGAUGCUGUUCGACUUCCGCCAGCCAUAUCGAACCACGAUCCACGAGUGCCUGAAGGCAUCGUUAGAAGUUGUAUGCGCCAGAUUCCUUGCUUUGCAAAUCCGACCAUCAUGGCGGCACACGCCGUUUCAUGUUCUUCUUCUGUGCUGUCCAGCCGUAUCAUUUCAGCAUCGUUGUCACACGGUUGGUCGUGCUUAAUUUUGUUAAAUGUUAAAUGACACUUGGCGCUUCGGGUUGGCCGUACCGUUUGCCGUGCAGGCGAGAUAAAUGGGUAUGCAAAUGUAUGGCGGACGCAUGUUAAUUAAUUGCUCCCGCUAAUCGAAGACGUGAAACCGUUUAUCGGUGCCUUCGAUAAAUGAUAGUUGUGAGUAAAUGGUGGCGGCCUGCUUUAUUUUCUAGCUUGUCAUUAACGUGUGCACACGCACACAGCGUACCAUACGAAUUUUUGCUUUCUUUCCUCGAGCAAGGGAUGGUGUGCCGCCAUUUUGGUGUGAAUAAUUGGAACAUACCAAGCACUUAGAUAGGUGUGACAUAUUGUUUUUUGCUAACCAUUUAAAAGACAAGACACAUUUACAUACUAACACAACCCAAAGGAAGGAGAUAGUGAAGGGAUUAGCUAUAAGUACGCAGAAGCCAGUUGUGGUCGGGUACGGAGGGUGCAGCUUUUAAAGUUUGCCAGUAGUUUUUUUUUUACCAAUACGUCGAAUGCACUCGAGGGACCCGAGAACCGAAAGCGAAAAAUCAAAACAAAAGACUCCUACUGUUACUGGUAACACAUGGACGAAGCGUAUACUAACAAUAUCCAAACAAGUAUAGGACGCCCUAGUAAGUAGUAAGGUAGGUGGUUUGGAUGGGGUGUAAUCUCUCUACACAUAGCUAGCAUGAUAAUGUUCGAUCGAAGAAGGUAGGAGCUACAACCAUGACUUUCUGCAAGCAGAUAGUAAAAAAAAGCAAGCAAAAAAAAUGGCGGAAAGAGCUACAGCUCCCGGGAGAAUCCGUCGGUUGCACAAGCCGAAAAGUACCAAAGCAGAAAACUAACCCCCCCACCCAUCAUCUUUCCACGGUCACGAGCUCUCUGUACCAAAGCACGAGUGUCACGAGAGCGGUGCAGAACUACCGUGACACCGGGAGUUAAAGGCCUGAUGGAAAGGUUUUAAAAGCCCACGCCAAACGGACGGGAAACGGGGGGCUUGAGGGCAGUUGAUUGAAAAUUAUGCUCUAAGCCCGGCUUCAGCACGAUGUUUGCCCACUUGCCAGUGGAGCUGCGAGUGUUUCAUAGUUUCUUCAGGUUACACGGUUUUAUUUAUAGAGUACACUUUAAUCAAUAAUAAGAGUGGCCGCGAGAGGUGCGGGAGGCGUCGCCUUCAACCGGCCCAAGCCAUUUAUUCGUUACCAAGCGGUGUUCAAGAUAGUAGCGGGAAAGCACAAACACACACAUAUAUUCAUAACGCGCGUCAUAUACAUUAGUAAGACAAGACACUCGUCGUGCGGUAAGGUGUGAAGAUUGUUUCUGUACUCGAGCGAGGAUUAGAAUGUGAGCGAGGUUUGUAAGGUUAUGUUUGCAAGCACGAACUUUAACUACGGGUGUUACAGCGCACACUAUAGCUAUACAGGUGGAGAUAGGUCACGCGUGAUGUUUAGUAGACACCGAGAUCGAACUCCGUCACCAGCACAGCUUAAUACCCCAAUAUCCCUAGGCCCAAUGGUAGACUAGCGUUCAAUCAAAGGAGGUCCUACUAGCAAAAAAUCCAAAAUGCCAGAUAGCAGAUUUAAGAUAACAACAACAAAAUCACAAGGGCAAAGGCUAGUGAUGCAAGUAAUCUGGACUACGCUGCACAUCUCCUUAUCUCCCCCAUCCGCUUCCUGCCAAAACGACAGUGGAUUUUGGUUUGAAGUUUCCGUGCUGCACAAAGCGCGACAGCGGUAGCCAAGUAAUGGGAGAGCAGUAUUACGGGCGCUUGAUAGUUUGGUGAUUCUAGGCUUUGCACAAAAAUAAGACAAAAAGCACACCCCAGACUGCUGGGACAACUGUUUAUUAGCCAAUGCCAUUAAUGCGUGUGUGUGUGUGUAUAUAUAUAGAUGAGUGUAUGCGUGUGCUCAAAAUAGGAUCAUUACGUCUUAAGGAUGUCCGGAUAUUCGUGUCUCUCGUUAGAGUUUGAUCCGUUUACGAGCAUUUAUAAUUGACUGCUUUCGGGAUGCAUCCAACCGAGCAUUAGGACUUGAAGCACACUCUUAAACGUAGCGUGUAGAUGGAAUAGACUGGCCUCCGGUAGAAAAAUCGCCACGCGUGUCGCGAGUUUGCGAAAGUGAUCCCGAAGUGGAGAUUUAAAAUGAAAUGAGCAAAGCAUAUAAAACACGGAAUUGCACCCAGCAAACCGAGAAUCAGAUCAGCAAAACACACACACACACACACACACACACACACAUCUUGUUUGUCACACAUGUGAUGCUGGUGAAAUCAAAUAUGGGCGAACGCCUUCCGGAGGACACGAAGCAAUCGGGAGAACGUGAUGUAGCAGCAAGACACCCGGCAAACGUGUGUCACAUACACAUACACACACGUAACACACACUUACAAACGCGAUAAUAAACAUGCAAAUUGCUUUGCAAAGCUAUGGAUAAUAAAAACCGGAUAGUGUGUGCUUUUUCGUGA